AUCGCACAACAAGUACACAAUCUUGCAUUGCAACGCUUGUUAUUAAACAUUUGUGCUCAAUUAAAGCAAAAACAUUCGAAAUGGACAAGUGUGGAAUAGGGACGUUGACCGGCACUGAGUGCGGUUCGAUUUCCUUAAAAGGCUCUGAAGUAAGCGAGUUUCAAUCGCUAAAUGCGUGCCAACGCGAUGUAACUGGCCAUUUAAAAAUGUUGAACCUCCGUGGAGAGGAAAUAUCUUCAGAGAAAGAGUUGAUAUUGCUGAGAGCAGGUGAGUUAGUAAAGUUUAUUUAAAUAUAACACUCUGAUUUCUUUUAUUAAAUCAUGUGCAAUUUAUUUAGGCAUAUUUGAGGGAUUCGCUGCCGCGAUGGUAUGUCCGAAACAUCGACAAUCCUUUGGUAUUGGAUGGGGAGGGCGGAAGAAGAAUUGUCAAGUUCCAUCGCCUGUUGCAUCCCACCUCUUUAAAAAGCAUACUGGUGACCGAUCAGUAAAUAAGGAAAUGUCGGAGAAAAUAUUCCACCUAACUGGAUUGGUAAUACCUGUCGGUUCAGGUAUACGUAUAUACCUUGCGUAUCCGGCCGUAGUUUUGGGUUGCAGAAUAAUACUUGGGUGUGUUGGAAGGGGACGGGAAACACAAGAGUCAUGCAUAUCAAUCAUCUUUGUUUUCUUUGACUUGGUGAAAACAUGUCAAUCAUAAACAUCGUAAACAUGUCAAUCAAGUCCAAAGAAUAGUAUUCGCUUCCACAAGACAUGUCGCGCCAUAACCCACAACAAUACUAGUUCAUGCAUAAUUAGCAAUUAUUGAGGUUAAGCAUGAUUUGAAGAAUUAUCAAGGACGAAAUUUGACUUACACUGUUAACCUUUAUAUCACCUACAAUGUUGUUUCCACUUUUAUAUAUAUUUACACGUUGCUCUUCUAGGAAUCUGUCGACAAUGCCGCGAAAAGUUGAGCACAAACGCCACAAUCCUGCAGGGUGAACAGCGAGAAGAGGUAAACACUACAUGCGUGUAGCCACAGGGUAAAUACAAGAAAGUAAACAAACAAGGGACAAACAGGCUUAUAAGCCAAACUAAACCAAGCGGCGUUUUUAGCAAGGCUUAACCCAGGGCUGAGAUACUGGCUAUAUGGCAGUUUUCCAUAUGGAGAUUAUAAAAUAAUAGAGUGGGUAUUGUGGCAAUAAUCGAGGAACAAUUCCUGAUGACAGCAAUCUACAGUUGUAUACGUCCGAAUAUGCAGACAUCGCUAAAGAUAUAUUUUUUAAAUUCAUUUUAGGCAUCAGAUGGAGAACCUCUAGGCAUAGAGUUCACUAACGAGGGCAAAAUAAACGAUGAGACUGUUGCAACGCUUGUUGAAGAUCUGGAGAAGCUAGCCAUUAACCCUGAAUGUUCACUAUACCAGCCUACCUCGUCCCAGGAAGAUACUUCAGAUGACACCAGCAGUCAGGCAACGUGUGGAAGUGGUUCUCAUCCACCAGAUAAACCAGCUGGUGACGGUAAAAAACAGCAUUGGAGCGAUUCAUGGAUCUGA